UACUAAAAUCUAAAAUUAAACCGCGAUAAAAUCCGUAAAAGUAGUUUCAUUUCAAUGACUUAUAGAAAACAUUAUAAGCAGCAUAAAUUACACAAUACUUAAAGAUGAGAUGUACUCAACCUUGAACAAGGACCGAACCUGCUUAUAUACGAUACGCAAGCCGCUUUGACCACAGUGUGAGUAACGAAACGCAACGUUAAACAACGUCAAUAUGAAACUCCUCAUCCUAUCAGUAUGCGUGGCGCUGGCCGCCGCGGACGUCUCCCACAUCCUCCCCAAGAACUCUGACCAGGACGCCAAGAUCGUGAAGCAAGAACUAAACGUGGGCAUCGAGGGAGAAUACCAGUACUCGUACGAGACAGACAACGGGAUCUCGGCCAGCGAGAAUGGGAGACUGGUGAACCCUGGACAGGACAACGCCGCGGAGGUAGCCCAGGGUGAAGCCAAAUGGACCUCUCCCGAGGGCGAGCAGGUCAGCCUCACAUACAUCGCUGACGAGAAUGGCUACCAGCCUCAGGGCUCUCACAUCCCCACCCCCCCUCCGAUCCCGGAGGCCAUCCUCAGAGCGAUCCAGUACAUCAAGGAUCACCCCCCGAAGGUCGAACAAUAGGUCAUAAUAUAGAAACUAUGAUAGUCUUGUAGACAGAGUGUGGAAGAGGGACAACGCUAUACGGAGCAUGUUGCUUCUCUGUCACACUAGGUAUAAUGUAACUUUAAGAUGUAGAAGCAAGAUGGAGUAUCAAUAUAGUUCAACACCAUAUUUAAAAUGUAUAGAUAUGACUAAAUAAUAAUAGAUUAAAAAAAAUCUAAAAACCCACGUUUUUUAAUGUA